GAGGAGCGACACAACCCGAGUCCCGCUCUUUUUAUCCCCAGCAGCAGCGUGAAAGGAAACUCCAGCCUCAACAUGAGUCGCAGCCCGGAACGCAUCUCCUCGUACCGGAGGCACUUUGAAGGAGCGCUCGCUUCUUCCUCCUCCACCUGCCACAUCCGGGUCUCCAGUCCGAGUCCACGCAGACACGAAACCCGCCACCGGUCCGUCAGCUACACCCGCAGCGCGCGCAGGGCUCAGUCCGGCACCCGCAGCGCGCGCCUCACCGGCAGUGUGAGUAUGAGUGCUCUGUGUGUUGGUAUGGGUCUUGGAGGUGCACUUGAUCUGGAAGCUGCUUCUGCUGCCAAUCAGGCCUACCUAAACACACGCACAAGCGAGAGACAGGAGAUGAUCACCCUCAAUGACCGCCUGGCUGUCUACAUUGAGAAGGUGCGCACUCUGGAGCAGCAAAACAAACUGCUUGAGACUGAGAUCGAAGCCCUGAAGGGCCGCUAUGUGAAGCCUUCGGGCUUGCGCAUGAUGUACGAGGAGCAGUUGAGAGAACUCAGGAGGGUCGCUGACCAGAUGAGAGCCCAGAGGGACCUUGCUAUCGCUGCUAGGGAGGCCAUGGUGGCACAGCUGGAGAUGGUCAAGGUCAAGUAUGAGGAGGCACUGGAAGCCAGGAAAAAGGCUGAACAGGACAUUGAAGCGUUCAAGCCUGAUGUUGACGCAGCCACUGCUGCCCGCAUUGCUCUGGAGAAACAGCUGGAGAACCUGGAGGUAGAGAUGGAGUUCCUUCAGAGGAUUCACAAACAGGAAAUCGAAGAACUGAUGACUCAGAUUUAUGAAACCGUGGCUAAAGUCGAUGUGGCCUUCGCUCUUCCUGACCUCGCAUCCGCCCUCAAAGAGAUCCAAACCCAGUACGACAGCAUCGCUGCACGAAACCUCCAGGAAAUGGACGCCUGGUAUAAGACGAAAUUCCAGGACUUGAACACGGCGUCGACACGACACGUGGAAUCCGUACGGGGAAUUAGGGAAGAAGUCGUGAGCUACAAGAAGGACAUUCAGAACAAGCAACGGGAUCUGGAUGCACUUAACACCAGGUAUGAGACUUUGUUGGCUCAGAUUCGUGACAACCAAGAGAAAUACAGGAAGGCGGAAGAGGAUUUACAGGCCCGUAUCGAGGCACUGAAGCUGGAUAUGAAGACAGUCAAAGAGAAGAUCACUCUGCUGCUGAAAGAAUAUCAGGAUCUCCUUAAUGUCAAGAUGGCUCUGGAGAUCGAGAUCAUCACCUACAGGAAGCUGAUCGAGGGCGAGGACACCCGUCUAGCAACAAUGGUGCAAGGCAUGACUCUGAUGAGCCUCAGCAUGUCCGGGAGUCUCAGCACCUCAGGGGUGAGGGUGAGUGGAGCUUUGGCUGAAGCGGCUGGUGGAGCAGCCACCGUGUCCUCAAAGCUUCCGCCAUCCUCUAACGGCCACCAAGAAACAGCGGAGGAGUUCUCCCACGACCAGGCCGUGGAAUUGACGGAGAGGAAGACGGUCCUCAUCAGAACAGUUAAGACAGACGAGGACGUCAUUCAGAGAGACACACAGGAGCGCACCAUCACCAUCUCCGGAGCAGCAGAUGAGACAGAGGAGUAGCCUGACAUCACGCUAUGAAUCCAUGUGACCCCCGAGGAUAUACUCUCUACCAUAUAGUUUUCUUCUCCUCCCCUCCCCUAGAAAUUAUAGUUAUCCAAAGAUCAUACCCUUCUACAUCACCUUACAGCGAUAGAAUAUUCUUUCUACCUUGCAACUGUAAGCAAAGGAGAGAAUGAACUGUAUUAGAGAUGUAACACUGAUAUCCAAUAUAAAACUCAUUUGCUACAACUAAACCGCUUAUGUAUUGUAUUCUAGCUUUUAACCUCAGGUGUUGCCUCUGGUUCUCGUUCAACCACACGCAUGAAAUAAACAUGGCUGCAAAGCAUCAAA